UUUUAAGAAUUGGCACCUGAAUAAUGCUCCCUGUGGAGCAUUCUCCUCUUUUAACAGCUCUGCCUGAAAGAGUUAAGAAGAUUUGUCAGCUCCACGGCAACCAGCCACCCGGCAAGGUGGGAGGGGAGGGGAGACUGGCUUCCGGUGGCCCAGUGGCAGCAGGCUCUCUUGCGCGGGAUUAAGUGGGAUCUGGAGAGAUUACAGCUCCCUCACUUCUCAUAGUUUGAUGACAGUGCCGCUUCGUCCUCUACCGAGUCUCUAUUUCACCAGCAAAAUAUUCUGCGACUGGACUGAUGCAAGAGGCUACAACAUCUGGAAGAUAGAAGCUUGUGGCGUCUUUAAAGAUUUGUACGUGGAGGUUGAGGGUUAAGUGACCAUGAGGCAGGCGGUGGAGGCUCAGGUGUUAAGCCCUCACUGUGAACUCGGAGAACACGGCCUUCGUCAGAUCCUGACAGAUGUGGUGGAGGAGGUGAGGCGCACGCUGAAUCAGGACAUCGAUGGAGCAGAGAUUCUCCACAGUCUUCUCAAUGCCUCCUGGCUGCAGUCGCUGCUGAAGGUUUACGAGUGUCUUCAAAGGUACCUGAGAGACUCCCCAGAACCAGCACUGGACUAUGCCUCUGGACUCUCUUUUCAGCUGCUGAUCGACAUCAAGGCGCUGCCUGGCUGUUCUGAGGAAGCCAAGGAGCUUGACAGACUCUUGCGACAGCCUCACUUGCAGGCUUUGCUUUCUGCGCAUGACACGGUCGCCCAGAAAGACUAUGACCCGGUGUUGCCACCCAUGCCAGCUGAUGUUCCAGAUGACGAGGAAGCCACCAGGAUCGUCUGCCUGGUCAAGAACAAGCAACCGCUGGGGGCAACGAUAAAGAGAAAUGACAUCACCGGGGAGAUUUUUGUGGCUCGGGUGAUUCACGGAGGUCUGGCCGAUCGCAGUGGUCUACUCCACUCGGGGGACCGGAUCAUAGAAGUGAAUGGGUUUCCAGUGGAUGGCUUGGAGCCAGAACAAGUCAUUCAACUUGUGCAGGCAGGAGCGCACGGCACCAUCAUGUUCAAAGUGGUUCCCAUCACCGACAGGCCGAUUCACAACUACACCAUGCUGCACGUGCGAGCUAUGGUGGACUACAGCCCGCAGCAGGACCCCACCAUCCCCUGUGCAGACGCUGGCAUGCACUUCAAGAAAGGUGACAUCCUGGAGAUCGUAGACCAGACCGACGCCCUCUGGUGGCAGGCCACAAAACUGCCCAACAGCACCGCCUGCGCGGGCCUUAUUCCCUCCAGCAACUUGCUGAAACGGAAGCAAAGAGACUUCCUGUGGUCUGAGCCUUACCAAGCGCACGCCUGCAUUCACACACUGAGCACUGUGGAGGAAGAGGAGGACCUAAACGCCAUUGAUGAGAAAUGUGUCGAAGCAGAUGAGGAAGCUUUUGAAUCUGAGGAACUCAGAGACGAGGGUGAUGACUUAAGCAGCAACUUUGUGGGCGUGUACUUAGCUGGGUUCAGGCACAGCUUGCGUCUCUGUCGCAGGCGGCGCAGCACCGCCCUGACGUCCUGCCCCACCCACUGUCCUAAUAGCUGCAACAGCGCCCUCAUCUGCACCUAUGAGGAGGUGGUGCGCUACCAGCGCAGCAGAGAGGAUGUGCACCGUCUCAUCGCCCUCCUAGGUCCGUCAGGUGUGGGAGUCAAUGAACUGCGCAGGUCCCUGAUUGAAAUGAAUCCCAACACAUUCCAAGGCGCAACACCUCACACAACAAGAGCACCCAAAGGAUACGAGGAGUUCGGCAGAGAAUAUCACUUCACCAGCCGAGAGGUCUUUGACAACAUGGUGUACAAAAACAGGUUCCUGGAGUACGGCGGCUAUAAAGGGAAUCUGUACGGCACGAGCAGGGAAGCAGUGAAGGACGUUUUAAACAGCGGGAAGAUCUGUGUGAUUGACAUAGAACCAAAUGCCAUUCAGGCGGUGAGAACACAUGACCUGCGGGCGUACAUCAUCUACGUGAAGCCGCCGCCGCCGGAGCAACUGAGGGAGACCAGACAGAACUCCUACAUCACCACUGACUACCACAUCAACCGCCCGUUCAAAGAUGAAGACUUCCAGGAGAUGGAGGAGGCCGCCCACAAGAUGGAGUCGCACUUCGCUCAGUUCUUUGAUCAUGUGAUCGUCAACGAGGACUUGCAGGAGUCCUGUCUCCAGUUGCUGACAGCCGUACAAGAGGCGCAGGAAGAGCCACAGUGGGUUCCUGCAAGCUGGAUACGACCCUCCACAGACUCCUAAAAGACGUACACUCACAACCUGCGACACUUCUAUGCACGCCAAUUUUAACACAAGAUCUUGUCGUUAUGUUCUUUACUUUUAUAUACCUGCACAAAAACAGUAUUGCCUCGCUCUCAAAUCGACUUCUGUCAGUACACUUCAGUUAGCGCACUGAGGGCUCCAGUUUUGACCGUGUGCAUAGUGCACUUACCCUAAAGUCAAAAUUAAAGUAGCAAUGAUUGUCACACACACACACACACACACACACACACACACACACACACACACACACACACUAGGUGCGGUGAAUUUAUUCCCUGCAUUUGACCCAUCACCCUUUAUCAUUUGAGAGGAGCAGUGGGCAGCAGCGGUGGCCACGGCCGGGAAUAAUUUUUGGGGACUUAACCCCCAAUUCUAAGGAUACUAGCAAUGUUUACUCGCUUCCUCUUCUACUUCUUUUUAAUUAGCACCCGAGCAGCAAAACCUGUGAAGUCCCUAUCAAAUUUGCUUUCUUUUAUCAAUCUCCUCCCACUUCAAUCAGACUAUUGCAGCUUUUAAUAUGCACGAAAACUCACUUUUUUUGCAAACGCGUCCGGUCUGGCAACAUUUUGGAGAUUUUAGGGUUCCCGAACACAAAUUGGCCUUCAAGUGCAGGGGUGUACAACUGUGAUAGGGCCACAUCACAGUUAUGGUUGCCCUCAGAGGGCCACUUUUAACCAUGAGUAAUAUAUGAAAAUAUAUUUAUAUGUAUACAUAUAUAUAUAUAUAUAUACAUAGUGAAGUGAAUUAUAUUUAUAUAGCGCUUUUCUCUAGUGACUCAAAGCUCUUAUACAUAGUGAAACCCAAUAUAUAAGUUACAUUUAAACCAAGGACACAACGGCAGUAACUAGGAUGGCGGGAGCAAGGAUCGAACCUGCAACCCUCAAGUUGCUAGCACGGCCACUCUACCAACCCAGCCAUACCGCCCCAUCUAUGUAUAUAUGAUACAUUUACAAUAUAUUUUUUUACAUAAGCUGAAAAAAAUAUUUAAAUUAGACUUUAAAAACUGGCAGCUCAGUCAGCAGAAUUGUACAGUAAAAGCUGUGUUGUUUUUGACUACAUAUAAAAAAAUGGAAUAAAUGGAAUGGAAUGGGAGGAACUCAAAGUAAAGCCGAUGCUCCUUCACAUCGAGAGGAGCCAGAUGAGGUGGUUCGGGCAUCUGGUCAGGAUGCCACCCGAAAGCCUCCCUAGGGAGGUGUUUAGGGCACGUCCAACCCGUA